AUGGCGCCGAAAGGGAAGAAGGAAGCUCCUUCCCCUCCCAAAGCCAAAGCUGAAGCGAAGGCUUUGGAAGCUAAGAAGGCACUGCUGAAAGGCGUCCACAGCCGCAAAAAGAAGAAGAUCAUAACAUCACCCACUUUCCGGAGGCCCAAGACCCUGCGGCUCCGGAGUCAGCCAAAAUAUCCUCGAAAGAGUGCAUCCAGGAGAAACAAGCUUGACCACUAUGCUAUCAUCAAAUUCCCACUGACCACCGAGUCGGCCAUGAAGAAAAUAGAAGACAGCACGCUUGUGUUCAUUGCGGAUGUCAAGGCCAACAAGCACCAGAUCAAACAGGCCGUAAAGAAACUCUAUGACAUUGAUGUGGCCAAAGUCAAUACCCUGAUACAGCCUGAUGGCGAGAAGAAGGCAUAUGUUCGCUUGGCUCCUGAUUAUGACGCUCUAUAUGUUGCCAACAAGAUUGGGAUCAUCUACAGAUCUACUUCCUUCGGCCUCUAUGACAUGAAGCUGAAUAUGAAAAUCGCAUGUGCAAACCCAAGAAAUUUUGAAUUCUGUCAGCAACAGAUGGAGACAGUGGAGUCGGACCCUCAUGGCACUGCUAUCUCAUAG